AAAAAGUAAAACGAACUGAAAUCUGCCGAAAGUAAUAAUUUUUCUCGAGUUUUUUUAUAUGUAUUGCGUCGUCGCCGUGUCUUCUCCUUGUUAGGAGGAGGAAGAAAAUUAGAACCAUGGCAGUUGCAGUGAAUUCAUUUGAUUCUUGGCUAAGUGAAAAACUGCAGGCAUUGAAUACUGACGAGGGUGUAUUUGGUUCGUACAUCAAGGGGAUUUUGGAGGGCGAUGAAACGGAGGACGAGAAAACGGAGGCCCUCGAAGGCAUUCUUGCCGGCAUAACGGAGGAGAACAUUGGCAAUCAUGUGGCUGAAAUUUUGAAAGCUUGGUCCCAAUGGCUACCAACUGAGGAUGUGAACAGUGCGAGUGGACCAAGCGAAGAUGUAGACGUUCGAUUGGCGCGACUCCUUGAAUCACAAAGUCUUCCCACCACGACACAAAGAAGUUACACCGAUGAGGAGAGGCGAAUUCGCGAAGCAAUUCUCGCACAAUACAGUGAGAUGCCCGAUCAGGAAGAAAGUGAUUGCGAAGACGUCGAGGAGGCAGCCGCCUGUACCGAGAGUAAAAUCGAAAAGAACACAAACGCCGCCAGUAUCGUUCAACUUGAGCGUGAAAAACGCGAGAGAGCAAAACUGGAGAGUCAAAAAAAGAAGGAGAAAGAUAAAGAGGAUCGAGAAAAACAAAAACAGAUGAAGGAGGAAAAAAAGGAGAAGCGCAAGACACAGAAGGGCGAACGAAGGAGGUAGCAUUGAAAAUUUUGACGUGAAAUUCAUCGAUUAAUUACCAAAAUAGAACAAUAUUUGUUCUUAUUGUGAUUACAAAAUGCAUUUCGAUAUCUUUUUUUUUUUUCAAAUUUUUACAACAUUUAUAUUUAAGUUUUGCAAGAUAAUUGAAUGAUUGUUUGCAAAAACUUUGUUUACUCUGUUUACAAAUCUUAUAGAUAUAUAUAUUUAAAGAAAAAUAGUUAAAGAAUUGCAAGUGUUGUCCCUUUUAAGAAACAAAGUUUUUAAGGUGCCAUAAAAUUUUAAAAAACACUUUUUUAAAUCUAAUUUUUUCAUUUUUAAUAGUCAUCUCUGUGAAUUUUAUUUAAAAAAAGAAUGUGUUGUUUUUUUUAAUUGUGAGCGAAAUUAACAUAUUUUUGUGAUUACCAUAUUUUUGCCAUCUCUAAAUUUAAAUAAAGAUUAUUAUUACAGAA